AUGUCUCCUCGCUCCGUCAUCUGUGCGCGUCCCGUAAUCGAUCGCGUCCCGUUGGAUCGUAACGCGCACAAAUUCAACAAGGCUGAUCGAGGCAUGCGAACGGUUCGAGUGAUAGAUGAAGAUGGGCGCAAAGUGAUUGGUUUGCGGUAUCCCGAAUCGCUCCUCGCGAACGUCAAAGAGCAAGUAGAAAUUCAGUGGGCUGAGAAGUUUUCAAACUUGGAAAACUUGAAGCUUCUCGACGGCGAUGGUGAUGACGCUCUGACUGCCGUUUUAGGGGUCACCGUCGAGCCGCCAACUCCUGUCGACGCGGCGUCCAUGGCAAAGUGCUUCCGCAAGGUAAAGACAAUGAAGGACUUCUUCGGCGCGGCAACGACGAAGACAGACAACGCUUUGAAUGUUCCGAAAAGGCCCGCGGGUCCUGUCGCUGAGAGCACGCUCGCGCACAAAAAGGCCAAGCCCGCACCGAACGCGUUCUUCGAUCUUACGCGCACCUGA